UUACCCCGGCAUAAUCUCACUCUUUCCUUCAACAAUUGUUCCACCUCAACAUUUUACAGCAGAUUUUCAUUUCAAAAUCCCAAUCAAUAUGUCGAAGUCCGGCAAUUUCCUCGAAUAUAUUGCGCUAAGAAAGCCAAAAGGACCGGGAAGUUGAGGUACCCAUCGGAGAAAAAGAAGUUAAGAGAAAAGAAACAGACUAAAAGCGCCGCUCCGACACCCCUAGAAGGUGUUUGGAGAAUUUCCCGACUCGCAGUUUCGGUUCAAGAUGACCCUGGAAAGGAUUUCUGGGAUAUCUCUGAGCCUCUGCUUAGAGAGAUUGCCAAGAUUCUUGAAUUUCCGGUCUCCUCAAUGUUGCCACCGGAAGCGUUCACUGUGGUUAGAAAAUCGUUUGAUGCAAGAAAGGUAGAUUAUUUCUGUUAAAGGAACACUGUAACUAUUUGAGCUGCAUAAUUGGGAUUUUUUAUGUGCAAAUUUUCUCACGUGGAUCAAAGGUUAAGAGGAAUGUGCAACAAUCAUUGGAA